GAGCCUCUUAAUACUCAAGGCCCUUUGCUGAUGGGAGGAGAGAGAGACUGUCGGUCUGGAUCUGGAGUUCAGUUUUUUUUUCUCAAUAGAAGCAGCACCGAAAGAAGAAAGAAAUGCAAAGGAGGCUACACGGAGGGUAGACGGCCCUGUCAGCAGCCAUCGAGCACUUCGCCGUGGAGAAUUUCUGUGUGCGCUCCUGAGACAAAGAUACCCCUCAUCACUGCCUUUGCUACCAACUUUAAGCACAGAGAAAGCCAAGGCCAGGCACUCCCCAAAGCCUCUGUAUUUGCAGAGAAAAGAGUGUGAGAGAAGGCCUUGUGGUGAGGCUGUCCCAAGAUGGCCGCAAAGCGCAGAGCGACCCCUAGCCUUCAGUUCCAGGGCCCCUUGGAGCAGAUGGCUCGGCGGGGGAUGAAAAUGGAGGAUGAAGAGGAGGAAGCUGAGAAUGCUGAAUUGGAGGAAGGGUGGAGAAGAAAAGGAGAAGCCUCUCGCAGCUCCCGCGAAAAAGAUGGAGGGCUCCCCAGAGGCAGAGCAGCACAACAGAAGGAGCACCAUAACACAGGGCGCUCCCCUCGCUCUGGGUGGAGGAACCCUCGGCUGUCACGGACUGCCGAAUGGGAAGACAGACAAGGGUUAUCGCCCUCUCUGGAGGGGCCAGCGGUUGCCCGCCAGUGGCCCAGAAGUGGACGGGCCAACCGGCACCCUCCAAGCCUCAGUGGGGAUGCCCCAGAGACCCACAAUAGUUUGGACUCUGGGGAAAUUGGUGAAUCUGGUAUGGUGAAAGUGAAGGAAGAAGUCCUAGGAGACGACUCCAUAAGCAUGGAGAUGAAGCGCCAGCGUUUCCGGCAGUUCCGCUACCAGGAGGCUGAGGGCCCCCGCGAAGUCUGCAGCCAGCUCUGGUAUCUUUGCCACCGGUGGCUGAAGCCAGAGAGGCACACCAAGGAGCAGAUUCUGGAGCUGCUCAUCUUGGAGCAAUUCCUGGCCAUCCUGCCACCGGAAAUCCAGAGCUGGGUCCGGGAACAUGAACCGGAGACUUGUUCCCAGGCGGCAGCCUUGGCAGAGGAUUUUCUGCAGAUGAAGCGUGAUGCUGAGAGGAGGGAACAGCAGGUGCUAGGACUGUUUGAAAUGGACAAUGCGGAUUCUCCUGAGGCUGAGCAGCCUUCAUCAGACACUGGGCCAAAGCCCCUAUUCAGAGAAGCCAAGCAAGAGGCUGAUGAAGAAGAGGCCAGCUCUCUGGGGACGCUUGGGCAGGUGGAACCGCGGGCAGGUGGCCCCCUUCCCCUCUACCCAGAGGAGGGUAGCUCUGAUGAUGAGGGCCUAUUGGACCUUGUCUAUGCAGCCAACCUUGAGAUCCACAGCAGGCGGCCACCCCGACGGACCCGCCUCAUCCGGAUGCGCACCCACGAGCUCCAAGUGUCCGAUGAGGAAUGCCUGACCCGCUUCCGACUGGACCGCCAGGCCAUCCAGGACCUGUGCACCCUGCUCGCACCCUACUUGGACGGGGCCUCUGCAAGCCGCAGACACAUCCCCACCCUACAGAAGGUCUUGAUAGCCCUCCAAGUUCUGGGGACUGGCUCCUUCCAGCGGAUGACGGGCGACAACCUCCGGGUGUCCCAGUCUUCUGUUAGCCGCUGUCUGGAUGCCUUCCUGGAAGCCAUGCUCCGCCAUGUGCAUGAGCACAUCACCUUUCCUACCACCGACUCGGAACUUCGCCGCACCCGGGAAGCAUUCUUCGACAUUGCGGGCUUCCCGAACGUCAUCGGGAUUGUAGACUGUACUCACGUGCCCAUCAUAGCGCCAGCGGACAUGCCGGCACUCUACCGCAAUUGCCACAAUUUCCACAGCCUGAAUGUGCAGGCCACCUGUGAUGCGUCAGGGUGCUUUACCCAUGUAUUGGCGAAGUUCCCCGGGAGUGUCCACGAUGCCCGGAUAUUCCAGCUGUCCCAACUGCAGAGGCUACUGGAGUCGUGGCCUGAAGGGAAGGGAUGGCUCUUGGGCGACUGUGGCUACCCCUUGCGUCCUUUCCUCAUGACACCUCACCCCGAUGAAGGCCCAGAACCUGUAGCACGAUACAACGCUACCCACGAAACGACACGGAUGGUGGUGGAGAGGGCCUUUGGGCAGCUCAAGAUGAGAUUCCGCUGCCUCCACUCCACUGGGGGCCGGCUGAUGCUACGCCCCGAGAAGGUGGCCAAGGUGUUUGUGGUGUGUGCCAUGCUGCAUAACAUGGCCCUGCGGCGCCAGCUGCCCAUCAUCAAUGGUGGACAAGGGGUGGACACCGAGGUCCCUGUGCCUCCAUAUCUGGAAACUGAUGGUGUUGUAGAGCAGGAUCCACGGGGGGCAGAUGUGCGGGAGCAAAUAAUCAGCACUUAUUUCUCACCAAAUGAUGUGUGGUUGAGUGAGAAAGAGGAGGAGGAGGAGAAGCAUCAGCCCCUAAGGCUGGAGGAAAUGGGGCCACAUGGGAUGCUAUGUGGAAGAGAUACACAGGAUGCUUCCCAGGCUUAUGAACAUGGAGAGGCCUCUGAAAUGCAGGAAAAAAGACAAUCUGUCCCUGCUUUGGACAUCUGCAAGGUUACAAUGCCAAAGAGUAAAAAUAAGAAAAACGCAAAAUCCAAGGAACCAUUUUGUCAGAGCUUAGGCCUUAAAAGGCACCAGAGCACCAACACAGCAGAGAACCCAGAUACCCGUUUGGACUGUGGCGAAACCUUCCAUGAAAGGUCCAGUCUUCUUAUACACUCUAAAACUCACACGCAGGAGAAACUGUACAGGUGCUUUGACUGUGGGAAGAAUUUUAGUAAGAAGUCACGCCUUAAUAACCACCGGAGAAUCCACACGGGAGACAAACCAUUUAAGUGCUCUGAGUGUGGGAAGACAUUCCGGGUGAGCUCAUUCCUGACCCUUCAUCAGAGGAUCCACACUGGUGAGAAGCCAUACUCCUGCCUCGAUUGUGGGAAAGCCUUCAGUGUGAGAGCAAGCCUGAUUGCCCAUGAGAGAAUCCACACGGGUGAGAAACCCUACAAAUGUUUAGAGUGUGGCAAAUGUUUCUGUCGGAGUUCAGAUCUUUUCAUCCAUCAGAGCAGGCACACAGGUGAGAAACCAUAUCAGUGUUCUGUCUGUGGGAUAAGGUUUGGUGAAACAUCGAAGCUCAUUACGCACUACAGGAUCCACAUGGGAGAAAAAUCGUACAAAUGUUCAGAAUGUGGGAAGAGCUUCAGUCAGAGCUCAUACCUCAAUAGCCACCAGAGAAUCCACACUGGUGAGAGGCCCUACAAGUGCUCCGAAUGCGGGAAAACCUUCAGAGUGAGUUCGUGCUUUAGGAAACACCAAAGAAUACACACGGGAGAGAAACCUUUCCAGUGUCCUGUAUGCGGGGGAAACUUCAGCGUAAGCUCACGUCUCAAUGUGCAUAUGAGAAUUCACAGUGGAGAGAAGCCACACAAGUGCUCAGUGUGCGGGAAAGCAUUUGGGACAAGGUCAAAUCUCAGUAGGCACCAGAGAAUCCACACUGGAGAGAAACCUUAUGAAUGUUCCGUCUGUGGCAAGAGCUUCCGUGGGAGCUCUAGCCUCAUGGCGCAUCAGAGGACGCACACAGACGAGAAGCCAUACAGAUGCCUGGACUGUGGGAAGAGCUUUCGCCAGAGCUCCGAUCUUACUACUCACCAGAGAGUCCACACUGGAGAAAAGCCAUAUGAGUGCUCUGUGUGUGGGAAGAAUUUCAGCCAGAGCUCCAACCUGAGGAGCCACCAAAAAACCCAUGCAGGAGCAAGUAGCUAG